AUGACUUCAAAAGCUCGGACGCGCGGAGCCGAGUCGUUCAGGUUCACCAUCCCCCACAUUUCUUCCCCACAGUUUGCUCUCACAGUCAAAAAGGCGGAAGAAAUGGGUCGGUGGUGCGUCGUCGCUCGUGGCAGAGAGACCGGAGUAUACUUUCCUUGGUCCAGGGCUGAGCCUCACGUUUUGGACUUGGACGAUGUGAGCGUUUAUGCUUCGUUCAACUCAGAGGCGGACGCCCGUGCUGUUUACGACGCGGCGCUACGCAAGGGCAUCGUCCAGACUGUCCAGAGCAACGACUUUGAUGGCACUGCUGUCACCUUUCCCGACAACGCCAUUUGGGACCCCAUAGACGGUCCUUGGGGUCACAAUGUGGUGUCAAAAGUUUGGUAUGUUGUCUGUGCAGGUCUAGUACCCGGAGUCUAUCCCACUUGGAUUGACGCUGGGCCACAAGUCAAAGGGGUACCCAACUCUUGCUUUGAUAAAGUCAAGACCAAAGCGGAAGCAGUAGAGAUAUAUCGGGAGCGACUGGCCAAGGGACAGAUACGGCGGUUGGCACGUCCCUUGAGACGAUUCAACCCGUCUAGUAGCAGCAACCGCGCUUACGGUGGGCCCUCGGCGAGUGCGCCGGUACAGCCAAUCAAGAGGGAGCCUACGCUCUUGCUCGCUCAGGAUGAGUACGACGACAGUCUAUCCGAGCCCUUCAAUCGCAUGAGUGUCUCGAGCCCGGGAAUGCAUCUGCCUCAUGAUCGCUCAGGGAGCUACAAAACAGCCCACGACUUUCUGCAGGGUCGCUCAGAUGAGAGGUCGAGAUCUUAUCACCCUCCACCGCUUUCGCAUCAUUAUUCCCUUCCCAUCACCAGGCCUGCUUCUCCCGAAAUGCACUCUACGGGAAUUAUCCGCUCCCAUUCAGACCAUUUGGUCAACUAUGAUACUGAGAUACAGCGCUCCGGGUCUAGCCAGCGACGGGAAGACGUGGCCUCCCCUGUUUCCUCUUCCUCUUCUUCAUCGUGGUCGAUGAAAUCUGGGUCCGUUGUCGUUGGGAGACCUGCACAUUUGCGGACAUUCCGGGAGAUUGCUCGAGAAAGGAAGGCUGCUGCUGCUCAGUCAGUUCAGACGAGAGAUGGAACACAAUUGCUUUCACCUCUUCACCCCGCGGAGGUGUCGCUCACCAAUAUCAGCAGCCCUCAGAUACCGUCCACAAAGGCGCCAUCGUCGACCAGGACAUCGAAAAUCAAUGGUAUUCACACCGUCCCUGGUUUUGACGCAGCUCGAAGCUCGUCUUCUUACAAUCGACCUUCGACGAGCCCUCCCCCCAUGGAUGUGCCUAUCCGGUCCCCCAACCAAGACCCCAUCUCGACGCCAGCGAGUCACCACAGGAUCAUUUCAGGUAGUUCUGUCACGAUGGAGUCUCAAUCUCAUACUUCCGGAUCUUCACGUACACCUCGUGAAUCGGCAAGAAAUUCCAGCUCCACGCAGGUGACACAACCCAAGUCGCCCGUCCCUCCGUUUGAUCUUAGUGGAGGGACUGCGUGGCUCAACAAUCGAACUCGCUCACCUAGGACUACAAGGAAUGAUCAGCCUCGAGCCUCGCCCAGCGUAUCUCCCCGAGAACUUGGUCUUUCGCAGGCCCAUGCCCCGCAUAUCAGUGCGUGCGCGCCGAGUCAAGAUACGAGGUCCCCCAUUGCGAGCGGGACUAGAUUGCCGAUGAGCGCGAGUGCGGUGUCUUUUGGAAGACCGUCACCUACUAUGGCCUACCCUUUAGCUGUUUCAAAGUAACACCUGGGAGUCGCUCCCGUUAGGUCGUUUCGUGUGCAUUCAAGCUUAAAACUC